AUGGCUGAACGAAGGCAACGUGCUUUGUCAACAUCAGGGGAAGCAUUAUAUGGAAUCCUGGCCCUAGAGAAGGGAGCAACACAUGAUGAGAUUAAGAAGUCCUACAGAAAAUUGGCCCUGAAAUAUCAUCCUGACAAGAACCCUGACAAUCCAGAGGCUGCCGAAAAAUUUAAAGAGAUUAACAAUGCUCAUGCAACACUGACUGAUCUCUCCAAGAGAAACAUAUAUGACAAGUAUGGAUCCUUGGGGCUCUACGUGGCAGAACAGUUCGGGGAGGAAAAUGUUAACACGUAUUUCAUGCUCUCUAGCUGGUGGGCAAAGGGUCUGUUUGCAGUCUGUGGCCUCCUGACGGGCUGCUACCUCUGCUGCUGCCUCUGCUGCUGCUUCAACUGCUGCUGUGGAAAGUGCAAACCCAAAGCACCCGAAGGGGAAGAACAGGAGUUCUUCGUGUCUCCAGAAGACUUGGAAGAGCAAAUUAAGAACGACAUGGAAAGAGAUGGAGAAACUCCUAUUGUGCUUCAGCCGACAAAUGCAACUGAAAAGACGCAGCUCAUAGGGGACAGCCAUCGGAGCUACCGCACAGACUCCUAGAGCCGGCACACACAGCCUGGUGGUGCUUCCCAGAGAGUGUCACAGCAAGGAAAAACGUGUGACAAGCUCUGCAGCCUGUUCCUGUAACUAACCAAGAGUAACCUCAGAGUAAUUUCCUGUCAAGGCAGAAUCUCC